UUGAAACAAAGAAACGUGUUCAAUGCGGACUCUCCGGUUUCCAAGGCAGUGUCCGCUGUGUACGACUGGGACACCUUUAAGUUUGCUCCCAUCAGAGAGUCUACGGUGUCUCGGGCUAUGACAAGACGCUACUUUGCGGACUUGGAUAAAUAUGCAGAGAGUGACAUUGUCAUUGUCGGAGCUGGUUCCGCUGGUUUGAGUGCUGCUUAUGUUUUAGGUAAGGCUAGACCUGACCUAAAAAUUGCAAUCAUCGAGGCCAAUGUCGCUGUGGGAGGUGGUUGCUUCCUCGGAGGUCAACUCUUCUCAGCCAUGGUUUUGAGAAAGCCAGCUGACUCAUUCAUCAGAGAGCUGGGUCUUGAGUACGAGGACGAAGGUGAUUACAUUGUUGUCAAACACGCAGCAUUGUUCAUCACUACCUUGUGUUCCAAGGCCUUGGCUUUGCCUAACGUCAAGCUUUUCAACGCUACCUGUGUUGAGGAUUUGAUCACCAGAACUACUGAUUCGGGUGAGACCAGAAUUGCUGGUGUUGUUACCAACUGGACUUUGGUUUCCAUGCACCACGACGAUCAAUCUUGUAUGGAUCCAAACACCAUCAACUCCAAGGUUAUCAUCUCCUGUACUGGUCAUGAUGGUCCUAUGGGUGCGUUCUGCGUCAAGAGACUGGCUGAGCUUGGUCUUUUGAAGAGAAACCACAUGGGUUGUUUGGACAUGAACCGUGCUGAGGAUUCGAUUGUCAAGAACACGAGAGAGGUUUUCCCUGGUCUUGUUUGUGCUGGUAUGGAGCUGAGUGAAUGCGACUCCCACAACAGGAUGGGACCAACCUUUGGUGCUAUGGUUCUUUCAGGUGUCAAAGCUGCAGAAGAGGCAUUGAAGGUUUACGAACUAAGAAAGAAGCAGGACAUCGAGUCGUACUAA